CAUCAACAAAAUAAAAGAAAGAAGCCCUUUAUAAAGCUCUGCCCCUAUGGAAGGUGCCAUUAAGAGCUCUUUGUUCUAAGUGCUCCUCCCAGGUGGAGCUAGUGGUGUUCUUUUGCUUUGAUCUUCUGCAAGCUAGUAGAACUUGAAUUUAAGACAAAAUGGAGAUAGAAAAUGGUGUAGAUGGAAACUCAAACAACGCAGAUCAUCCAAGCUCAUCAAGAAGCAAUGAAAUGAAGAACAAAAAUGAGGAUACGAAAACGAAAUCGGUUCCGUUCUUCAAGCUGUUCUCCUUUGCCGAUUCGACCGAUGUUCUUCUAAUGAUCGUUGGCUCGAUUGGUGCCAUCGGGAAUGGACUCUCUCUACCCCUUAUGACCAUUUUGUUUGGUGAAUUGACUGAUUCAUUUGGUAUUAAUCAGAAAAACACAGAUAUAGUUAAAGCAGUUUCCAAGGUCAGUCUCAAGUUUGUGUACUUAGCAAUUGGAUGUGGUGUUGCUGCUUUUAUCCAGGUGUCGAGUUGGAUGGUCACAGGAGAGAGGCAAGCUUCAAGAAUAAGAGGUUUGUAUCUCAAAACUAUAUUGAGACAAGACGUUUCGUUCUUUGAUUUGGAAACGAACACCGGAGAGGUGGUCGAUAGGAUGUCGGGCGACACCGUGCUUAUACAAGAUGCAAUGGGGGAGAAGGUCGGAAAAUGUAUACAGCUUAUAUCAACAUUCUUUGGAGGCUUUAUAAUAGCUUUCAUUAAAGGGUGGCUUCUAACGCUCGUCAUGUUAUCGACGCUUCCUCUACUCGUGAUUUCUGGGGGCGUAACAUCGCUAGUUGUUACCAAAGUGACUUCCCGUGGUCAAGGUGCUUACUCAAAAGCAGCCGAUGUUGUCGAGCAGACAAUCAGCUCAAUUAGAACCGUUGCAUCGUUUACGGGAGAGAAACAAGCUGUGAGCAAUUAUAAGAAGUUUCUUGUAACUGCUUAUCGAUCAGGUGUUCACGAAGGCUUGGCCGUUGGACUUGGUUUCGGAACUAUUUUAGCUGUAGUUUUCUGCAGCUAUUCAUUGGCUAUAUGGUAUGGCGCAAAGUUGAUUUUGGAUAAAGGAUACACGGGAGGAGACGUUAUUAAUGUCGUCAUUGCCGUGUUAACUGGUUCCAUGUCUCUUGGCCAAGCUUCUCCAUGCUUAAGUGCAUUUGGUGCUGGCCAAGCUGCAGCCUUUAAAAUGUUUGAAACUAUCAAGAGGAAGCCAUUGAUUGAUGCUUAUGACACGAAAGGAAAGAUGUUAGACGACAUUUUGGGCGAUAUAGAAUUGAGAGAUGUUCAUUUUAGCUAUCCUACGAGACCGAACGAGGCAAUUUUCAAGGGAUUUUCCCUCAAAAUCCCAAGCGGUACGACCGCAGCUUUGGUCGGGCAAAGUGGAAGUGGAAAGUCAACCGUGAUAAGUCUAAUUGAGAGAUUCUAUGAUCCAAGUAUGGGUGAAGUUCUUAUUGAUGGCAUUAACCUGAAAGAGCUUCAGCUAAAAUGGAUUAGAAGCAAAAUCGGGCUGGUCAGCCAAGAACCCGUGUUGUUUACGUCGAGCAUAAGAGAUAACAUUGCUUAUGGAAAAGACGGCGCGAGCAAUGACGAGAUAAAAGCAGCAGCUGAGCUCGCCAAUGCUUGGAAAUUUAUUGACAAACUUCCUCAGGGACUGGACACGCUUGUCGGUGCGCACGGAACUCAGCUUUCUGGUGGUCAGAAGCAGAGAGUUGCCAUUGCUCGAGCGAUUCUAAAGGAUCCACGAAUCUUACUUCUAGAUGAAGCUACGAGUGCACUCGAUGCCGAAUCCGAGCAUGUUGUGCAAGAAGCAUUGGACCGUAUCAUGCUUAACCGUACUACCGUAAUCGUUGCCCAUCGUUUAAGCACUGUAAGGAAUGCUGACAUGAUCGCUGUGAUUCAUAAAGGAAAGAUGGUCGAAAAAGGCUCUCACACGGAACUACUAAAGGAUCCUGAAGGUCCAUACUCACAGCUUAUUAAGCUGCAAGAAGUCAGCCAAGAAUCCGAAGAAGCUGGAAUCGAUAAAACUAGACAAGAAAGUACGUCGGGAUCGUUUAGAAGAUAUAGCAAAACAACGUCGAUGCAACGAUCCAUCAGCAGGGGAUCUUCCGGAGUAGGAAACAGCAGCAGCCGCCGCUCUCUCUCCGUUUCGUUUGGUUUACCAACAGGAGUUCCUAUUUCAGAUGUUCCCAUGGAAGGUGAACACACAUCUCUCGACGCCACCAAACGAUCUCCACCCGUCCCACUCCGUCGACUUGCAUAUCUCAAUAAGCCUGAAAUUCCCAUACUUCUACUUGGAUCUGUAGCUGCAGUCGUCAACGGCAUGGUUCUUCCAAUUUUCGGCUUACUAUUCGCCAACGCAAUCGGAACGUUUUACAAACCACCCGAUGAACUCAAAAAGGAUUCGAGAUUUUGGGCAUUGAUAAUGUUGUUGCUUGGUGUAGCAUCAUUCAUUUCAGCUCCAGCUAAAUCAUACUUCUUUUCUGUGGCUGGUUGCAAGUUAAUCCAACGGAUUAGAUUGCUUUGUUUUGAGAAGAUUGUUAACAUGGAGAUUUCUUGGUUCGAUAGGACCGAGAACUCUAGUGGUUCGAUCGGGGGUCGCCUUUCGGCUAAUGCUGCAACCAUACGUGCGCUAGUCGGGGAUGCACUAAGUCAACUCGUCGAGAAUCUAGCAUCUGUUUCAGCUGGUUUAGUCAUUGCUUUCGCUUCGAGUUGGGAGUUGGCUUUGAUAGUCCUAGCGAUGUUUCCCCUUCUCGGACUCAACGCCUUCGUUCAAACAAAGUUUAUGACUGGAUUUAGUGCUGAUUCGAAGUUGAUGUACGAACAAGCUAGCCAAGUCGCUACCGACGCGGUGGGGAGUAUAAGAACAGUUGCAUCAUUUUGUGCUGAAGAAAAGGUGAUGGAACUAUACAAAAAGAAAUGUGAAGGGCCAUUGAAAUCAGGCAUAAGACAAGGUUUGAUCAGUGGGACAGGAUUUGGAGUAUCAUUCUUUUUGUUGUUUGCUGUCUAUGCAACGACAUUCUACGCCGGUGCUCAUUUCGUUCAGGACGGCAAAGCAUCUGUCUCCGACAUCUUUCGGGUUUUCUUUGCUUUGACCAUGGCUUCUAUUGCCAUUUCUCAAUCGAGUUCGCUUGCACCCGACUCUUCAAAGGCAAAAGACGCCACGGCUUCCAUAUUUUCCAUGAUUGAUCGAAAAUCCGAAAUCGACCCAAGUAUCGAAAUAGGUGAAACUUUGGAAAAUUUAAAGGGUGAGAUCGAGUUUCGACAUGUAAGCUUCAAGUAUCCUUCUAGACCUGACGUUCAAAUUCUCCGAGACCUCAGCUUGACUAUCCGAUCGGGCAAGACUGUUGCUUUGGUUGGAGAAAGUGGCUGUGGGAAAUCCACAGUCAUUUCACUAUUGCAAAGGUUUUAUGAUCCUGAUUCUGGUAGUAUCACUCUUGAUGGAAUAGAGAUUCACAAGUUUCAACUAAAAUGGUUGAGACAACAAAUGGGGUUAGUGAGUCAAGAGCCCGUCCUCUUCAACGACACGAUUCGAGCUAACAUUGCGUACGGGAAGGGCGGAGAUGCAACCGAGAGUGAGAUAAUUGCUGCAUCUGAGCUUUCCAACGCUCACAAGUUCAUCAGUGGUUUGCAACAGGGCUAUGACUCGGUGGUCGGAGAGAGGGGAGGUCAGCUAUCAGGUGGGCAAAAGCAACGAGUAGCAAUCGCUCGAGCGAUCGUGAAGAGCCCAAAGAUCCUACUGUUGGACGAGGCUACGAGUGCAUUGGAUGCUGAAUCAGAAAGAGUCGUUCAAGAUGCGUUAGAUAAAGUGAUGGUGAACCGAACAACCAUAAUAGUGGCUCAUAGAUUAAGCACGAUAAAAAACGCUGAUAUAAUUGCCGUGGUGAAAAAUGGAGUGAUAGUGGAGAAAGGAAAGCAUGAUACUUUGAUUAAUAUCAAAGAUGGGUUUUAUGCUUCCUUGGUUCAACUCCACACAAAUACUUCAACUUCAUAAGCUUAUAUAUAU